AAAGAGGACACAUCUGCAGUCUCUCUCUCUCUCUCUCUCUGAGCAGGUGCAGCAGUUGUGCUCUCUCUGUAUCACUGUACCUUCUUUUAUUUUCCAACAUGAACUGCGCUUUUGACAAUCUAGAUGCUGCUGGUUUUCUACAGAUCUGGCAACACUUUGAUGCUGACGAUAAUGGCUACAUUGAAGGGAAAGAGCUGGAUGACUUUUUCCGACACAUGCUGAAAAAAUUGGGGCCAGAGGAUAAAAUAACAGAGGAGAGGGUGCAGGAGAUAAAGAAGAGGUUUAUGUCCGCAUAUGACCUCACAGCUGAUGGACGCUUGCAGAUCCAGGAGCUAGCCAAUAUGAUCCUUCCGGAGGAUGAGAACUUCCUCCUUAUCUUCCGCAGAGAGGCGCCGCUAGAUAACAGUGUGGAGUUUAUGAAGAUCUGGAGGAAAUAUGACGCUGACAGCAGUGGUUACAUAUCAGCUGUGGAGUUAAAGGGUUUCUUGAAGGACCUGUUUUUUCAGCACAAAAAGAAUAUUCCCUCCAGCAAGCUGGAUGAAUACACAGAUACUAUGAUGAACAUUUUUGACAAAAACAAAGAUGGCAGAUUGGAUCUGAAUGACCUGGCAAGGAUCUUGGCUCUUCAGGAGAACUUCAUGUUGCAGUUCAAAAUGGACGCCAGCAGUCAAGGGGAGAGAAAGAGAGACUUUGAGAAGAUCUUUUCCCACUAUGAUGUUAGUAAGACUGGAGCUCUUGAAGGACCAGAGGUAGAUGGCUUUGUCAAAGACAUGAUGGAGCUUGUCAAGCCCAGCAUCAGUGGAGUAGAUCUGGACAAAUUUCGUGAAGUCCUGCUGCGUCACUGUGAUGUUAAUCAAGAUGGAAAGAUCCAGAAGACCGAGCUGGCCUUGUGUCUGGGGCUGAAGCUGAAACAAUAGUCCAUAGGGCACACUAAACCUCUCCCAUGACUUUUACUACAAAUACAGUAACUACAUUUUCAAAACUGUAAGCAAGAUUACUGUGUCUGUUUCCAUUAUGUUGUUGUGAAAACAGUUAUUUAAGGUGAUGUAAUACUUUAGAAUUAUCUGCACGUAUAAGGAAUUUUAACUGGUUUUAUGUUAAGAAUUAAAGUAUAGAAACAAACUUCGACUUGGUUACUUGUCAUGAAUUUACCUCAGACAUAAUUCAAAUGGAGCUGUUGUAUUGGAAUCUUUCACUUCAUGGUUAAUUUGUAAUGAGCCCUUUUGUCUUCAGAUGAUUUACAAUUUUAUUUGAAGGAAACAGCAAAUUGUUAUUCCAACUGGUUUUUAUAAAGCGAAUGUUCAGCAGCUGUCAGUGUGUCAGAGGUUUAUAGUGUGUCCUUGUGAUGCUGGAUCAGUUCUAUUCAUUGCUGCUAUUCUGUUACAGUCCUGCCUUUGGCAAACAGAUGCUCAGCUCGUGUGUUUAGUUGUUUUGUUUGGAAAUUGUUUACCACACAGUAUGGUAGUUUUUCAUACAUUUAUGUUAUGCCAUUAAAUCCAUAAAAUUUUGAGCAUACCCAAUACAAAAACAGUACUUUUCUAGACAUCAUUCACUACUUAAUAAAUAGAAGCUGACUAAUAAUACAUUUAAAAACCCUCUAAUGUGACACAAUGGCCAGUGACCUGCAGGGGUACAGAAGAAGGGAAAUUUUGGAGACACUGUGUGAGAAGCUUGAAUUUUUGUCAGAGCUCGUCUCCAUAGAAACCCACAGCCAUCAGGGUGGAUGGAUUUACAGUCUAAUUGAAGUGGGCAGCAGGUGAACCAGGGAGUGAUGCAGUUACCUGAGGCGCAAAACAAAAUAAAUUGUGUGAGAUGUUUCCUGUAUCUAUUGGACGGAGCAAUAAAGGUUAAAAUGACUCCGGGAGAUGGUAUUCAAUGAAACGUGGAGUAAACAGGUGUUUGAUGCACAGUGAAAGAACAUAAACACGUUUACAUUUUAAAUGAGCUCCAGUGUGCACCUGGGUGUAGCUCAUGAAAACGAGCAAUUCAUCUCGAAAUAAAAUAUCAAAGUGGGAUGUUUGAAGAAAAAAAUCAGAAAAUUAUAAUCCAGAUAUUUUACUCAUUUUAUUGAAAUGUAAUAAAUGAGGCUGCUACUUAUAGGUCUAUAGGCAAUAAUGAGACCUGUGUGUGUGUGCGUGCGUGCGUGCGUGCGUGUGCGUGUGUGUGCGUGCGUGCGUGCGUGCGUGUUAUGGUAAUAAAUAUUGGGGGAAGGAUGUGUUCUUAUUUAGUACAACAGGUGUCAAGAUUAUUCAUUAAACAGUGAUAAACUAGUGAAAGUUGCAUUACUAAUUCAUAGUGUGUUUGUGCUGUGUGCCGUGAAUUUAACACUCAUUUACACGUCUUUCAGUUUGUUGUGUUGUAAGCGAAAGGUAAACAGUAUACCAUGCUAAAAGGUAAAUUGUUGUAUUUAAACAUUAUUGUAUGUAUUGUUGAAUGUAUGCAUUAUAUUAAGAAAAAAAAGAUAAUUUUGUAACAUAAGGUUCAUUUUUGAUAAUAUUCAGUCUCAAAAACAAGCAUAUAAAGGCAUAC